UUCUCAAUACGUGAAAACAAGGUUUCAAAAGCCAACCGAAAACGAAUUAUCAGUGUAUACCUUACUGUAUAGAGAAACAGGUUCUACCGAACCUAAGCAACAUCCUGGAAGACAAAAAAAACUCAAAGAAUGUGAUACUCGAGCUUUAAAACGUAUCAUACGAACUGACCGGUUAUCUCCUCUAGGUGAUGUAACAGACAAGUUUAAUAUUAGCCUUAAUACAACUUUACACUCUAAUAUAGUUAGAAGUUACCUUCAUGAUGAAGUUGUGGUGGAAGGGAAUAUGGAUUCUGACAAAUACGUUAAUAUUCUGGCAAAUCGGUUCAUUUCAUGGGUUGACAAUUACCCCAACUCUAUUUUUCAGCAAGAUGGAGCGUCAUGUCUACUUCAACUUACAGUAUUUGGUGGAUGA